AUGCGCCUCAAUCAGGGGCCGCUCCCCAGCGACCAAGAACUCUUCCAGAAAAUGGGCAAACACAAUGUGGAUGUUGCAGUGCAGGCAGCACCCAUCAAGUUCUCCCGCUAUCAGUCGGUGCGGAAUGCCUUCAGCCCGCCCCGCGAUGCCGAAGACAGGGAUGGGUUGAAUGCCUCGCCCGCGCCAGUGGGCGCGGGUAAUGAUUUGAAUCAACCAAAGCCCUCGAUCGCGAGAAGCAUGUCUCGGUACCGGCGCAAUCGGCCCUCUGCCAAUAGCACUUCCUCAACAGUUCCUCCCAUGUCCUCGAAAACGAAUCCUACGCGAUCAAUGUCAACACCUCAGUUGCCAGGUCCAGCACGACAGAUUCCCCAGGACAGAUACCAAGAUCAAGGGUUGGUGGAGCAGUUUGAACUCCUGGGAAUGAACCCAACAGGGAUGGCGCAGGGAGAGCAGGAGAGGGAGAGACACCGGCGACAUGCAGCGGAACAAUUGACCGGAGAGUCCCAGCCAUCUCGAUCAAUUCCCGGGCGGUCCAACACUUCAGAGAAUGUGUCGCAGUACGAGACAAGACAGGAGGGGCGUCGCCGAGUCGACACCAACGAGACUCAGGCCUCCGCCAAUGAGGCCAAUCGCAAGUCCUUCCUACAAAACCUCAAACUCCCACGAACCAAAGAAAGCUCCAUGCAACACACCACCCCCAAGUACAUCGAAGUCGGUGGAGGUGGCAUCGUACCCGGCAUUGAUGCGCCCGUUUCCGCUGUCAACGCUGGAGAGCGGCGAGUCGUUGUGCAGCAUGGAGAGACCUCGGUGGAACUUCCUGUUACACCAUCAACGCAGGUCCAAGAUUUGUUGCUGGCUGCUACGGAACACCUCUCCAAGGACAUUGACCCCGAGAAGUUUAUUUUACUGGAGUCCUUCCGAAAACUUGGCUUGCAACGGUCGCUGCGCCGCUAUGAGUAUGUUCGGGAUGUCAUGAACUCCUGGAGCCAGGACAGCGAUAACCAUUUGGUUGUUAUUCCCCCAUCCAGCAUAGACGCUCUGGAACAACUCGAUGCGCAGCACGUUCCGAGCGAGCAGCCUGCUGAAGCCACUGUUCAUCUCUACUACUCCCAGCGCCCCGGCAAGUGGGAUAAGCGUUUUGUGACGCUGCGCGCCGAUGGGCAAGUGACGAUCUCCAAAAAGGAAAAUGGCAAGGAUCAGACCAAUAUCUGUCAUUUGUCCGACUUUGACAUCUACUCGCCCAGCGCGCGGGUCAUGGCCAAAGACAUCAAGCCGCCCAAGAAAAUCUGUUUUGCGAUUAAAAGCCAACAGAAAUCCUCCAUGUUUCUUUCCACCGAGAAUUUUGUGCACUUCUUUACCACCAACGACAAAUCUAUCGCGGAUAACUGGUACCGCGUGGCUCAGAAGUGGCGAAGCUGGUAUUUGGUCAACAAGCUAGGAGCGCUGCAGAAGACGGAGACAGAGGCCUCGCUGCCCAAGCGGUCUCUAACUCACAGAAGCAUCUGUCGGCCGAGAAAAAGGUCGAAUGAAGUGGCAAAGUCAGACUGGAAAACGGGCGACGCGGAAACCCUGAUGCCUGUACGAGGGUCCAUGGACCAGCAGCGGCCCACAAGCACCAAGGACCUCUUCACACGAAAGAAGACCUUACGUGAACAUGCACCUCCACCUAAUUCGUUCCCCAGGACGUUGGCAAUCGACACGAGCAUCGCCGAGCAGAGCGUGGAGAAAGGGACUUUGGUGCAGGGGGUCUCGCCCGAAGAAGUGGAGGCAGCCACAUUUGCUCCUACAGGACUUCUAGGUCGAACCUAUACCCAGCGUCAACACGCUAUGCGCGAGCGCGAGGAGAAAGAAAAGCAAGCCAAGCAGGACCCCUUCGCAACGCAUGGCCUACUGGACUCCCCCUCAAUGCACUCGAUUCCCCAACCUUCGGGCUCCCAGAACAGCCGAAGCAACAUGAUGACAUAUGCCCCCGAGGGAUUCCUCAGCCGUGCCUCGUCUAUCCACCAGAAAAACAAGCCUCUCGUUGAUUUGACGCCCGUCUUCCAUGAGCCACCGCAACACACGCGUAAGGGCCGAGGCGUCACCGUCGAGCCUGGCAUGCCUCUCAUUGAUGCCGCCACGGGCCCCGACCUUAUGCCGGAAUCAAUGGCCAUUCCACCAGCGACUGCCUGGCGACGUCCAGCCGCCGAUAUACCGCCCCAGGCUCGGUCGCGGUCCAACACCGUCCGCAGCAUGCACAACAGCGUGCGCCACGCGUCGCAGUCGCAAAAAGCCUCCACUUCCACCCCCAGCUCGCCAAACAACCCAUUUAUCCCGAAUAGUCUACUGGCAUGCUCCUCUCGGGUAUCUAGCAGUCAAUGCAGAACGUACACAGGGCACGGAGUGGCCACGGGCGACCGCAGCGCAACGCGGCCCAUGCUGGAUAUGUCGCCGGACAAUCCUUUCGCGGAGGGGAGUCUGCUCCGGCAAUUGUGA